UUGGGGAAGAAGAGAAAUUAUACAAAAAUAUAGGGUCAUGGAUACAAUAUCUUGCAGAGAAGACAUUAUAAAUAGCAUCACUACCAACUGCAAUUGUAGGUUAACACCUACAUUUGACAGCCCGUUUUUUCCUCUCCCACCAACUUCAAAUCCAACUUAAAUCUACCUCACCAACUCCCCAUCAAUAUACUCUCCCAUUAGACUCUUCAUUUCCUCUAAAACGCCUGCCCAAACUUAACUUUCAAGCCCUUCUUGCAGGAUUAGGAAUGGGAAAAGUUUUUACUUUGGCUGAGGUUGCUGAGCACAACACCCCCAAGGACUGUUGGCUUAUCAUUGAUGGCAAGGUUUAUGAUGUGACGAAGUUCUUGGAAGACCAUCCUGGUGGUGAUGAAGUUUUGUUGUCUGCCACAGGAAAGGAUGCAACCGAUGAUUUUGAGGAUGUUGGCCACAGCAGCAGUGCAAGGGAUCAGAUGGAGGAACUUUACGUGGGCGAUAUAGAUUCAUCAACCAUUCCGGCUAAGUCCAAGUACACUCCUCCCAAGCAGCCUCACUACAACCAGGACAAAACAUCAGAAUUCCUCAUCAAGCUCCUCCAAUUCUUAGUUCCCCUGCUUAUCUUGGGAGUGGCUGUUGGCAUCCGAUUCUAUUCCAAAUCAUCAGCUUAAAGUACGAGUUUCUAUGCCGAACGCAAUAAGUUUCUUAGAUUUGAAAACCCCUUGUUAUCGAACGCCAAUCUUUGUUUAAUUUAGGGGAUAGCGACACAUUUCAACAUUUGUGAUACAUCGGAACACAUUUGUUUUGUUUUCAACUUUUCUCUUGGAAAUUUAAUGUGGUUUUGUUUCGUAAUCGACUUGAUCACAAUUUGGCUUAA